AUGUCUACAGAUGAACUGAAAACAAAAAUAUCGUCAGUCUAUGCACCUUUAGAAUCACUCACUGAAUCAGUUAUACGUUCUGUAAUUUCAGUCGUAAGUUUAUCUAAUGACCGAAGUUCAGAUUAUAGUCAACGUACUCUUCUCAUUUUCUUACUUGCAAUAAAUGAAAAAUUAAAAGAAAUUGAAAACAGCACAGAUGCAAGUGGACAAAUAUCCGAUGAGAAUAUCAUUCAACAUGCGAAAAAAGUUCGUCAAUGGCUCGUAUAUAAUAAUAGUAAGCCAUUGGACUGGAAUCAACUUAGUGAAGCAUAUGAUGAAAUGACCAAGGAACACCGUAACAAUUUGAUGCAUUAUUGCGGAGUCAAAGAUCCAGAUUCUUACUUUGAAUUAACAAUAAAAACUGUGAGUUGUACAGAAUUCUAUAGUAUAUAUUUAUUUAAAGUUCCAAGUUCUUUGUUAAUAAAAGAUUAA